UUGUUUAAGCCAAACCAAACACGCCUUUUGGGUUCAAUUCAGUUUCGGCCCAACAGAACAGAAGUUAAGCUUCAGUGUAGUUCAGUACGGACAGGUUAUAUGAAGAUGAAGCUUAUUCAUUGUGCAUUGAGGUCUUUCAAUGUUGGGUUGCCUCAUAAGUUGAGAACUUUCGGGACCCGUUUCGGGGUUAGGGCUUUUUCAGCAGGUGCUCAGGCCAAUGAAAGUAAUAACAAAUUUGAGACUCGAGAUGACUUUGAGCAGCGAAUAUUUGGAGGUUUCACUGGGAAUAGCUUGAAUGACAGUCCAAGUCAGCAGUCUUUCUUCCGAAAGCUAGAUAGGGCUGAGAGGGCUCACAAUAAUUCUGAUUAUGGCAGUUCUGGUGGCAGAUUUAAUUUGGAUAACAGAUCAGAAAUUUUUGAUGAUCUGGAUGAGAGUUUUAACACCUUGUCAGAUGGAAUGGAUGAUAAGUUAAAAGAAGCUGCUACUUGCUACGAUGCUCCUGAAAUUCUUGAAGAUCCAGAAUAUGAGUACAGGCCGGACGUAAACUGGAGUCAAAUUGGGGACACUUAUGAACUCAGGGAUCUGGAUAUUAGAAAACCAGGCAUAUGGGAACCUAAUAAAAGGGAGGAAUUUGAAACAACAACAGAGGAAGUUCUGAGAAAAGCUAAUUUCAGGAAUGUGAGAUUCCUUGCCAACUUCAUAACAAAUGCUGGAAUUAUCAUCAAGAGGAGCCAGACCAAAAUUAGUGCAAAAGCCCAGCGAAAGGUGGCCAGAGAAAUCAAAACAGCUCGAGCUUUUGGUUUAAUGCCCUUCACUACAAUGGGGACAAAGCACUUUAGAUAUGGAAAGACAAUGGAGAGCCUUGAUGCAGAUUAUGAAUUUGAGACAUAUGACACCAGUUACAACUUUGUUAACGAAGAAGCGAGCCAAGCUCUUUGAAGCAUACAAAAGUCCGCGUUGUGCACGUGGCUUUCUCAAUGCCCCUUUAUUACCUUUUGGCCCCAUUAUAUGCUCUCCUCUGGUGAUGCUGAGAAUAGUAUGUUUUUUGGUCAUAACAUAUUAACAUCUACGAGUUCCUAGCUAGUCAAGGGGUCACUUGUUUGAUAAUGCUUCAUUGAGAGCAUUACUUAACAUAUAUUGCUAGUAUCUCCGCAUGUUGAUCAUAUUCACUUCUUAUGUCGUUAUGUGGCAUCAUUGACGUUUUGUCUUGCACAGAACCUUGGUAAUCGAGGGCAUCGAAAUGGCAGUGAAGGUUGUCCAAGAAAUGGUGCACAGACCAUAUAUUUCUUUAUCAGUUGAGGGAUAGUUGUAUGGAUGUAAGAGUUCUUUACUGCAUUUUGAUCAAUUUUAGAUCUAGAAAUCAGUCUGUGAAACUUAAUAUGCAGUAGUUUCACAAACUGACUGCAUAUACGAAAAUAUGAUAAUGGUGUCUGUAAAGUGAAUAGGCCAAAGCAAACUGCAUAUACAGAGUGCAUUCUUUCAGAUGA